GCUUGGAAAAGCACUUUCGAACAGUCAGCGGAUCGUCGUCGAUUGGCAGCUCCUGGGCUCGGCCCGUCAUCACAGUAUCCUCUUUCAUUCACCCGACUGUCAGUCUGGCUUCUGCGGCUUAAUGUCGAAUUCUGUCACGAGGCGGUGACGUUGUCUUCACUUCAUGUCAUUCAUCUGUCCCUUUUCGUCCUUUGCUGUUAGUGAGUGAUAAUAGCCAAGAUGGACUUCUCGCUUCUUCCUGAAGAGGUACUAGUCAAUGUGCUCAAAAUGUCAUCUCCAACUACAGUAACUAUGGCCAAAAGGCUCAACAAGAAGCUCAACCGUAUUGUGGAACGAAACCAUCUAGGCAAACCGCUCGUCGACGACUUCAAUGUUGAAAUGCGCACAAUUCUGGGAAGAACUCGUCCUGUCGGCAGAUUACAACUAAAAAAUACCGGUAAAAUGCAUAGAAGGAUCGUUGUGACGAUGAAGCGAAAACAAAAGAGUCGACAAGUGAUAGAGGAAGGCGUGGAAGGACCAAGCUGCAGCAAUGGUUCCAGUGUCAUCAUGGAAGAAAUGAAGAAGGUGCAUCUUUACGAAAGACUCUCAUUUGAUGGAGUUACCGCUGAUACAGAUUUCUUUAACAUGCUCACUGCUAAAUGGAAUGAUCUAAGUCGUGUUCAAAGCUUGUCGUUCACUCUGUGUCAUCUGAAAUUCUCUGAAGAACAGAUGCUAUCGCUACUGACACGGACCGCCUGUCGUUCGCUUACGCUCGACUUCUGUCACUUCGAGCAAGACAUCAUUAGUGACAAGGUGAUCAAUGCCAUGGCGCGGGUGCAGUGCUUGCGCAUCCAACCACGUUCUACCGUCUACUUGCACCAACUGACGGAUGCUACGCUGAAGAAUUGGAGCUCGUCUCCACCAUCUACGAUAGCUCUUUACAAUUGUGCGAGCAACUUCACUCUUCAAGGCAUUGUCGAAAUGAUCAAAGAACUCCCACGCAACGAGUUUGUCGACUGGGAUUUCGGUCGUAUACUGCCGCGAGAUGGUGUUGACGGUCAACUUCUGUCGCUCAUGUCGAUCUCUGGAAUGACCAUCUUCGUCAGCGAUGACUACUGCUCUCGUCGAGUGCAAAUCGCGAGUGGAUCGUCACGAAUCGCAUUCAACCUUAUCAGAGAGGAGGCCUUCACUUCGUGACUUCAAUGAUGGACAUUGAAAUGCACAACUAAGUUUAACAGAUUCAUCCUGGAUUUUCUUUACGGGUUUCUACUUUUCGUGUUGAUUGAUGCAUAGAUGUAGGAUCUGCAUAAAUUUUCACACAAUUCAGAGUUAGGGUUUACACCAUUUCCAUUACAAUCAUUCCGGCAGUAUUUAUCAAGG